AUGCCACUUGGAGCACUAACUCUAAAAACAUCUCGCGUAAAGCAUGCCGCAAGGAACAAAAGCACUACUUCUAACAAGUGUCAAAGAACACAAACACCAUCACCUCAGACAACUGCAAGAUCACAACAUAGUUCGACAAAUGCAGCACCACCACCGCCUCAAACAACUACAACAUCACAACCUAAUCCGACAAUUGCAGUAUCAGCACUGCCUCAUACAACUGAAGCAACACCAUCGACUGUAGAGGGAUGCAUAUUCGUUCCUACCCUGGGAUCUAUCCAACAUGAUUUUCUAAGUCCAAGUAUUCGUCACGCCAUGGUUGGGGAAGAGGAGGGGGACGAAACAGUUCGUGAUGCGGAGGAAGAGGAGAGUGAACAAAAAAUUUCUAGUGGACAAAGGCCGUUGAUUACAAUUGUGGGCCAUGGGUUACAUCCAAGUGAUAUUAGAUCACAUGAGAGGGAUGGAUAUUUUGACAUGUUUAAAUCUCUUGUUUGGUGGGGGCCGCGUGACGAUGCUAGAAUGAAAGAUGAGUUUCAUAAGCAAUGUGGCAUAAGAAUAAAAGACAUAUUUUAUAAGAUGAGGAACGCGAUAAAAAAACUGGAUCGGAUGGGUGAAGAUGUAUGGAAGUAUUUUCAUGAGGGGUGGCAACUAGAAGAAUUCAAACAAGUGUCCAAACAAAAUAAGAAGAAUCAAGCAUCAACUAAAGGUCGGGCGGUCCAUACCUCACGACGUAAAGCUCAUCAUGAUGUUGCUCUUGAUUUGGAGAAGAAGUUAAGUCGACCACCCAAUUCCGACGAGCUCUUCAUAGUAACCCACAAAAAGAAGGAUAGGAAGUGGGUUGACCGCCGUUCCGAGAAAACCCAUGGGAUGGCUGGAUUUUUGUUAGAGUUGGAGAAUUGGAGUUGA